AUGGCUCCAAAACCGCCCAAUCUGCAAUUUCAGGCGGAGAUUUUCAAAGAACGCUCUACAGGCCACAGUAAUUGUCCGACUUUUGGUGCAGUCAUCAUCAGUCCACUUGGAGUGAGUCGUACACACCACUGGGAUUACAUCUUGUGCCAAAAUUGGGUGGUCCAUUGGGAAAAUUAGUUGCGCGAGAGAGCACAGCUCCAUAACUGAUAGACUGUGUGGUAGGUUAUUUCACAGUUUGCGCGUGAAUAGCCUUCAAAGGCAGGUAGAUUCCGAUGGCGUUUGAGUGGGCGUUUGAGUUUGCGAUGUACUAUUGACGAGCACCAGCGCUUGGACAGAUUUAAACAAAGCGAACAAAGGCGGCAUUAAAUGACGGCAAGUUUACUGAAAUAUCUAAUCCCAAGCAUAUGCGCCACCAGGCAAAACCGUCGAGGUAAUAAGAGAGCAUGCAUCUGAAACCCGUUCCGACCUAAGAGAGUUGCGUGAGGUACCACGCCUUUUCAUUGGGUUUAUUUUCAACGAACGGGCGGGUUGACAGUUGCAGCAGGCAUCGUCGUCCCCGGCUUCCAGUACAAACUGCUGAAAUACUUUAAACAAAUUACCUUUUAUAGUAUCCGGUGGUCACUUUUGUUUUAGGGACAGGUCGAAAGUGCCCACGAUGUCCAUCACCUGCUCCACAGCAGGAAAGCUGACUUGCGCGUGACUUAGUCUACAGUAGUGGCAAACUUGCGCAGCAUCUACCACACACACCCCUCCUUCACCAUCUUGGUUUGGUGUCAUGAUAGCGUCAAGAAGACCGGAGGGCAUGGGCGAAUGGCUCGGCUAAAAUCCGCACGUAGGCAUACCACCACACCCCCUCGUCUAUAACAAACACCUGGGCAGGAUUUUCCCCAAAGAAAAAAAGGCGGCAACUCAAAUCACGUUUUCGUGCAUUGUGGCCUGUACCUGUUAUAAGUGCGCAUUCCAAAUGACGCCUGUCGGACAACAUUCUGGUCAUCGCACAUGCAGCGUGGCUCGUUUCGGGGACACUUUUGGUUGUAGUCACUAGCCUAUGACACGGCAAGUUAUUGCUCAUUGCAAUGAAAGAGCUAGGCUUGAAAAUCAACUCCAAGACCGAACAGAAAUGUUCAGCUCUGAUUUUAUCGUGCCAUGACGAGAAGACUGAUCUACUAUGACGUUUAAUUGCAGGAAGGUUUACUGGAAGGAGCAGUACUUGUCCAAAUUCAAAGUAGGAGAAAUCCAGUUUAAUGCCUCUUUGCUCUCAACACUAAAGUGUAUAACCUUGAGACGAUGAAGGACCAAAUCGGUUUGUUCUAGGACACCCUAAUAGGAUGUCAUCUAGAAAUAACUCCACCCUAGGGAGGCGAUAUCAAAAGAACCUGUCAGUUUGAAGUAGUCUGCAGGUACCUGCCUCCUAUUCCUGGAGACAGAACGUCUCUAACGGGGCCAGACGACGGUUGCUGUAGCUCGACCGUGGAAAGCUCUGGCGUCCACCGGAUGUCCCACAGAUUAGAAGCAGAACCGUUGAUUGGCGCUUGAAUAAGUUUGUCCUGGGACAGACCUAUUCAGCACUUACCACAGUCUCUCCUUCCUCAGCCGCAUCGCUUGGGUAGCAUGAUAACAUCAAGACGACCGGAGGCGGGCACAACUGCAAUAGCCAGCGAAUCCAAACAACUUGCCGACGCGCGCCCCACACGAUCUUGUUCCCACUAUUUGCGCCUGGUUACAGUGGGGCGGGUUGAAUCCCCACGUGGAUGAGAGUGCUGUACAGACCAGAGUAUGGAAGAGCCUUUUCACUCUCGCCCUCAGUUCUGAUAGCCAUCCUGUCAGAUGACAGCCUUCCAAGUCAGCAUCAUCGGUCGUCCAUUCGAGCCUGCCGACCAACUAGUGCCGGAAUCGGACGCAGUGGCUUACACCGGCCAGUGUCUACUUAUAACGGCAUGCCACCACCCGCUUGUACAGCAUUAAGGGCUCGCGCAGCCACACCGUAGUCCAAUAAACCCCUGCAGUGAACUACUCUGGUCCCGAUUUUGUCCACCUUUUUUGCAGCACAGCCGGUUGUUCUAAAGCAGCACAACGGCCCGCCAGUCAGACUGCCUAAAAUGCCUUUCCCAUUUAAGGUGACUCUGUCUUUCCGAGUUUGUACGUCAUGACAGAUGCGAGCACAAAGAUGUUUGACAACUUAACCGGCAGAACGCAUGCCAAGUUGGUCCCUGUGAGCGAAAAACGGUGUGGCAUGGACCUCAGUGAGAAGGGCAAUCGUUCAACACAGGUCACCACAUGGAUCCGUGACUGGCAUCUUCUUACAAUGGCUCAAAUUCCUCUGUUUUUCGAGACCGCAGCCAAAUGGCGGAUAAGGUGGAAAACCGGUCUGAUUGUUUGAUCAGUCCUACUCCGCUCUGGAGACGAAACGCUACCAUGUAGCCACGUGUUUUGCCCCAUCUAACUAGACGCUCUCACUUGUCUGGCUGGUAUUCUGUGACGCCAAUCCCCCGCUGAUCCUGUCACGUGACUACGCCAGGCCCACCCACGUGGCUGGCUGGGAGCCCCUGUCGUGUAUCCGAGGUUCGAUGAAAAAUCACGAGCUGGGACAGAUCAAAGUUGGCCUCCCUAGUGCUGUCGGCCGGGAAAUAAUGUUGCAAGGAGCGAUUAGAAUUAUGCUCUUCGAGACUGCCGGAAGCACGUCAUGACUACAAGUUCAUUGAGACUUCUGGAGAUUUUGAUUCGAAUUGACAUUUCAUCUGUGUAGAUAAACGUCUCCUUGCCGAUAGAAGCGAACAGACGGCUUCCAGGAAGCAGUUCAGAAGAGGAAGAAGAAGAAGAAGAAGAAGAAGAAGAGGAAGAAGAAGAAGAAGAAGAAGAAGAAGAAGAAAAAGAAGAAGAAGAAGAAGAAGAAGAAGAAGAAGAAGAAGAAGAAGAAGAAGAAGAAGAAGAAGAAGAAGAAGAAGAAGAAGAAGCGAUCACCGAAACAAGAAAUUUACUGA